AUGUGGGACAGCUCUUUGAUUGAUGAGAUACUAAAAUUAACUGAUCCUUCAGGGGGGCAGUUUUCCCUAUCGAGUCCAUUAGCUACAAAUGCCACACAGAUCGAAUCAACUCCACCAGCUGCAUCACAACCCUCGGAAAAUGGGGAAUCAAAGCUUCAGAUGCAAGAUCUUACUGAACAGAUGGAGCUUCUGUCAUCAAAUGCAAAAAAGGGAUUUAAGAGGGCUGAUCCUCACUUGUUGGAGUUCACAAACGAGGGUUUCGUAAAAGGCCAAAGGCAUUUGCUCAGUAGCAUUGAACGUCGUGAAUCUAAUCAUAGGCGAAACCAACAGCCACAUCAUGCAAUAAAGAGAGCUCAACAGUUGAGACAUCUGCUGAAGGUGGUUAAACCUGUCGUGGAGGAAGAUAUUGAAGGUCUCGAUAGAGACUUUAAUAAUGUCCUCAAGCAGGAGGUUGUUGUGUUGAACAAGAAGGCACAUACAACUGUUACACAGUUGGAAUCUAUAACACAACGCCUUACUGGAAUCGAGCAAAGAGACCAAGGAAUUAUGUCCUUCCUAAAGGCUGUGAACCCUGACUAUGAACCUGGUAUUGACAGUUUCUCCCCUGGUUCAGAUUUAAUCUGGGGCAGCUCUUCGAUGAGAGGAUAA